AAAGGCUAACAACGAUCAAGAGUCCGGCGCCGCCGUGACACGUUUUAACUAGCACAAUAACAUACACGCAACAAAAAAAAACUACUCCAGCACGAUGAUACUAUGGCCCCUGCCUUAACGGCGUCCCAGAAAGCUUUUCAAUUCGUACAGCGUCCAAAACCUUAACGGCGUCCCAGAAAGCUUUUCAAUUCGUACAGCGUCCAAAACCUUAACGGCGUUCCAGACAGCUUACCGUCCCGUCCGGCCAGCACCACCAGCAUCUUCAGCCAUGCAUAAUGUUGUCCCGCCAACACCAUCAGCGGCAGCGGCAGCGCCCGAGCCUGCAGCGCCGUCGUGUGUUUGGACGCGGCAGCAGGACAAACUGCUGGAGCUGCUGGUCUGCCGCAUGUACCCGCGAUGGGAUCUCAUCGCCCCGCCCCUCGGCGACAAGACGCCUUGCCAGGCGUGCCAGCGGUACGAAUCCAUGGUGGCCGAGCUGAGGCGCGUGCUCCAGGCGCCACAGGUGGAGACACCGCCCGGCUGGGAUCUGCAAGAAAUUGCCCCGACGCUGGCGGCUGGUGGAGAGGCGGGAGUUACCGUGGGGGACGACGUCGGUGCGCCGCCGCCGGCAGAUGGAGAGGCGGCCUCGAUCCCGGCAACUGAUUGUGUCGCGUCGAAGGAGGCAGUUAACCAGAAAACGACUGGAAAGAACCAGAAGAAGAAAGCCGUUCCUCAGAAAAGGAACAAGGCCGUGCCAUGGUCUGAAGUCGAGCACAAGUUGUUCUUGGAGGGUAUCAGGAAACACGGCACGGGCGGGUGGAAGAGGCUGGCGCGGGAGUUCGUAGUGACGAGGAGCGCGGGCCAGAUCGCGAGCCACUACCAGAAGUACAGCAUCAGACAGGCGAAGCGCCGGCGGAACGAGUGCAAGCGGCCGAGCAUACAUGACAUCGACCACGACGGCACAACGGGCGCUGCUGCAGAUCACGGUAGCAACCAGCAACCUGUUGCUGCUGACGGCGAACCGGAGAGUGGGACGACCGAUGAUGUGUCUGCAGGGGAAGAGGAAGCUGCAAACUACCGGUGACUCGUAUAUAAGUGACGAGUUAUCUGCACAGGUGAAGAUGGCCUUGUGGGCAGCAACGUAUAUGUGCAUAGUAUAUACAUAGGGCAGUGAACUUUGU